UUCGAGUUGAAGAACAAUCAGAAGUUGGGGAAAAAAAUUGGGAAAAAAAAUUCAAUUAAUUGGUUGAGUUUGGUUCCUUGAAUCCUUGGUGAAACAAUGGCUUCCGAGUUUCAGAUUAAUUGGUUGAUUUUCAACGAUUUGAGAUAUUAUUUGGAGUGCAAUUGUUCAAAUUGAGGCAUUGAGCAGAAUUUGGUGUUAAAUCUUCAAUUAUCAGGUGUUUUUGCUCUUUUUUAUACUUUUAUUAAUUUUAAUUAUUUCAUAUAAUGUUGCCUAGAAGAUAUUUAUCUGGUAAUGAUAAGAGGAAAAAAAGAAAAAGAGCUGAAGAGUUAAUAGAAUCUCAAAAGGGUUCCAUUGACAAAUUUUUUACUAAAGUAGUACAAGUAGACGAGUCAUCUCAUGAAUUGGGGGAUAAUGAAAAUCAUGAACAAGCUAAUGAGGACUUAAACAAUGUUAAUAAUGCCAAUGACCCGAAUGAGAAUGCGACUCAUAUGAAUGAACCAAUGGAUGCACCAAAUGCAUCCAAUGAUAAUGAUAUAGGCAUUGAUGAACAAGUAGUCCCUCCUUUCGAUUUUUAUGAUCCUAAUAAUUGGGGUAAUCUUGACAAUGAAGGGAGGGAUAUUUUAAUUGAAAAAGGACCCAUAAGAGACUUGAACCUUGUGUUUCCAAUUGAUGACAAAUUAAGGCAUUUUUCAUAUGCCUAUUAUACUAAGAGGCUUAGCAAUGGUGAGACUUUUGAUAGAAAAUGGUUGGUUUACUCAAAAAAACUCAAAUUACAUGAAAAUAGUGUUGAGCAUAUGACUAAUAUGAACACGUGGAAUGAAACAAGAGUGAGAUUAGAAAAGAACAAAGGCAUUAAUAAAGACUUGCAAGAGGCAAUUUCAAAGGAAAAAGAACGUUGGAGGCAACUUUAUGAUGAUAGCAAUGGUAAUUUUUUAGGUAUAAUUGAAAUGAUAGCUGAAUUUGAUUUUGUAAUGCAAGAUCAUGUAAGACGUAUUCAAAGCCAUGAAAUUCACCAUCAUUACCUUGGUCCUCAAAUUCAAAAUGAGCUUAUUUCUCUUUUAGCCCAUGGUUCUCUUGAUUUGGAUAUUGAUGAUAUAAGGGGACAAGGUUAUGACAAUGGCUCUAAUAUGAAAGGAAAACACCAAGGGGUCCAAAAGAGAUUGCUUGAUAUUAAUUCAAGGGCUUUAUACAUUCCAUGUGCUUGUCAUAGUUUAAAUCUCACUCUUUGUAAAAAGUUGCAAUCUAAAUCCAUGAGUGUUGGAGUUUUAAUGAAUGAAGUGCAGGGUAUAAUCACAUAUUUUGAGAAAUAUAGAAUUGAAGGGUUUGAAGCUAAUGUUGAUGCAGAUGAUCUUUUUUCUGAAUUGAAAGUGUUACAAAUGACUUUGCCAAAUGAUUUGAUGUCAGCAUUUGAAAUCCUUGAAUUUGUCAAAGCUGCAGAUUGCUAUCCAAAUGUUUCCAUUGCAUAUCGAAUCCUAUUAACUAUGCCGGUAACAGUUGCAUCUUCCGAAAGAAGUUUUUCAAAGUUGAAGUUACUAAAGAACUAUUUGAGAUCGUCAAUGUCACAAGAAAGGUUGAAUGGUCUAGCUACUUUAUGUAUUGAGAAAAAUAUGUUAGAACAUAUUGAUGUAGAAACGAUUAUUAGUGACUUUGCGUCCAGAAAUGCUCGUAGAAAUAUUUUCAUGUGAAUGUUUAGACUUUGAUUUCAAUCGUAAUAAAAUGUCUUUUUUUUUAUCUUUUUUUUUUGCAUACCCAAAAAUUUUAAAUUUUUUUGGUAUUUCAUGUGAAAUAGGGCCCCAAUUUAUAUCUUUGCCCCGGGCCACUGAAAUCUCAGAAACGGGGCUGG